GAGUGCGCGCCGCAGCCAAUGGGUGAGCCUCUGCUCGUCCGCUCUUCGGCAGCCGGUCGGGGGCGGUGAAAAAGAGAGUGAGGAGAGCGCGACGGCGACGGCAGAGCCAUCGCUGGACGGCCAGACGGAAAGCGAGGCCUGAGCCUUUGUGUCUAGAAUACCUAAGUGCUGAGGGGCUGAGACGACUCGCAGCAGAGAAGUAAUCCGAGUGGUGUGAAGUUAAUCAGGGAAGGUUUCCCGGAAGAGGAUCAUAAUGAUUUCAAUCCCAGAAUACUAUGAAGGCAAAAAUGUCCUUCUCACUGGAGCUACUGGCUUCCUAGGGAAGGUGCUUCUGGAGAAGUUGCUGAGGUCUUGUCCUAAGGUGAAUUCAGUGUAUGUUCUGGUGAGGCAGAAAGCUGAACAAACACCCCAAGAGCGAGUAGAAGAAGUCAUUAGUGGCAAGCUCUUUGACAGACUGAGAGAUGAAUAUCCAGAUUUUAGAGAGAAAAUUAUAGCAAUCAGGAGUGAACUCACCCAACCUACACUGGCUCUUAGUGAAGACGAUAAAGAGAUUAUUAUAGAUUCUACCAAUAUUAUAUUCCACUGUGCAGCUACAGUAAGGUUUAAUGAAAAUUUAAGAGAUGCUGUUCAGUUAAAUGUGAUUGCUACACGACAGCUUAUUCUCCUUGCACAACAAAUGAAGAAUCUGGAAGUGUUUAUGCAUGUAUCAACAGCAUAUGCAUACUGCAAUAGAAAACAUAUUGAUGAAGUAGUCUAUCCACCCCCUGUCGAUCCCAAGAAGCUGAUUGAUUCUUUAGAGUGGAUGGAUGAUGGCCUAGUAAAUGAUAUCACCCCAAAAUUGAUAGGAGACAGACCCAAUACAUACAUAUACACGAAAGCAUUGGCAGAAUAUGUUGUACAACAAGAAGGAGCAAAGCUAAAUGUGGCGAUUGUAAGGCCAUCGAUUGUUGGCGCCAGCUGGAAAGAACCUUUUCCGGGAUGGAUCGAUAACUUUAAUGGACCAAGUGGUCUCUUUAUUGCAGCAGGGAAAGGAAUUCUUCGAACAAUGCGUGCCUCCAACAAUGCCCUUGCAGAUCUUGUUCCUGUAGAUGUAGUUGUCAACACGAGUCUUGCGGCAGCCUGGUAUUCCGGAGUUAAUAGGUAUAUGAGACCAAGGAACAUCAUGGUGUAUAAUUGCACAACAGGCAGCACUAAUCCUUUCCACUGGGGUGAAGUUGAAUACCAUGUAAUUUCUACUUUCAAGAGGAAUCCUCUCGAACAGGCCUUCAGACGGCCCAAUGUAAAUCUAACCUCCAAUCACCUUUUAUAUCAUUACUGGAUUGCUGUAAGCCAUAAGGCCCCAGCAUUCCUGUAUGAUAUCUACCUCAGGAUGACUGGAAGAAGCCCAAGGAUGAUGAAAGCAAUAACUCGCCUUCACAAAGCUAUGAUGUUUCUUGAGUAUUUCACAAGUAAUUCUUGGGUUUGGAAUACUGACAAUGUCAAUAUGUUAAUGAACCAACUAAACCCUGAAGAUAAAAAGACAUUUAAUAUUGAUGUAAGGCAAUUACAUUGGGCAGAAUAUAUAGAGAACUACUGCAUGGGAACUAAGAAAUAUGUAUUGAAUGAAGAAAUGUCUGGCCUUCCUGCAGCUAGAAAACAUCUGAACAAGUUAAGGAACAUACGUUAUGGUUUCAAUACUAUCCUUGUGAUCCUGAUCUGGCGCAUUUUUAUUGCAAGAUCACAAAUGGCAAGAAACAUCUGGUACUUUGUGGUUAGUCUGUGUUACAAGUUUCUGUCAUACUUCCGAGCAUCCAGCACUAUGAGAUACUGAAGACGAGAAUUUAGCAUUAGAAUAUCUAUGCAUACGGUGGUCUAAAUACAGAAAAUGUAAAAUGUACUUAAGUCAUCUCACCUUUUGUCAAGGCAUUAAACCAUCUUAGAUCGGAGUGUGGAGUAAAUUAUGGUACAUCUUAUGUAAUAUUUUAAUGUUUAUGCUCAUAAAAUCCUGGUGAACACACUGUGGUAUGCUGGCUCAAGUCUACAAUAGCCACCAAAACCGUAACUUUUAACAUUUUGAUCCCUGGGGGGCAGGGGUGGGAUGAGGGUAGGAGUGGGGAAAUAGGAACACUGACCAGUAUAACUGUGCAAUUCUGGAACAUAUUCAUUAAAAUAUGCCUUAAACAUUUAGUGAAUUUCUAAUUCUAAUAUUCCGUGCAAUGGAAGGUAUCUAUUUGGACAGGAAUACUUGCUAAGGUGGUAGAUAUUUGAUUCAUCAGUGUUUUUUUCAUAAGUUGAGGUGGGUUUUAGUUUUGUUAUAGCUGAACUAUUUUCACAUCAUCCUGUUGCUGAGUGGUCUCAAACAUGAAAGACAUGUUCUCUCUUUUUUUUUUCCCCCUGAUUAAAGGUCUGAUGCAGAUCAUUUUUCUAUAAACAAUCAAUUGCUUUCAUAAUCAGAAGGCUACAUGUUAUUCUAAAGACCAUACUGGAUCUAAUUCUGUUUGAGAAUCCAUAUUAACAUAAACUAUGUAUUUUUUGAAGGAACGUGAAAACAAAUUUAACAAAACUGUUAGUAUUAAAAAUAAAUAGAAAUAAAGUGUUCUUGUCCACAUUAUGAUCAAAUAAUCAGUCCUGUGAGAUUUUGUUUCAUGUUUUUAAGCAGGAGAAUUUCUUGAGCCUUUGGUUGGGGGCCCUGGUGGCACAGUGGUUAAGAGCUACGGCUGCCAGCCAAAAGGUCAGCAGUUUGAAUCCACCAGCUGCUCCUUGGAAACCCUGUGGGGCAGUUCUACUCUGUCCUGUAGGGUGGUUAUGAGUCAGAAUUGACUUGACAGCAAUGGAUUUGAUUUGGUUUUUUGGUUUUGGUUGGGCAGGAAGGGAUUCACCAUACGUUUGUUCACGUUGCUUUAUAAAUUUUAUUCAUAGGACUUUAAAAUGACUUGUACUAUCUUCCCAGUGAAAACUGAAAGUGCAUUAUUAUGGAAGAAUGUAUUUGCAGGUAGUAAUAACAUUAAGAAAUGUUCUCACGUGUGUAAACACAUAACUAAUUUUUGAUUUUGAAAGCUGAAUUCUUUCAAGAAGAAUAAAAUAAUGUGUAUAAAAUUAAAUAAAGGACUUUAUUUACAUACCACACAAAGUAGCAAACUGUUGAAUGAGUUUGAAGAUACCAUCUAUUUUUUCUGCAUGUGGUUUUAGCUUUAGAAAGAAAUGCAUUAUAGAAGCAAGUAAUAGCAAGAAAAUUGAUGUAUAUUUUAAUGGUACAUUAUAAUUCCUUUUAAAUCUUAGUAGUUAAUUCUGCUUACUGUUAACAACAUACAUUUGGUUUAACAAAUUAUUCAGCAUAAUACUGUUCUUUAGCCGAUGAAGUUGUACUAUAUUUAAAUCAUCAACACUAUAUCUUGAAUAUGU